AUGUCUUUUGAAAAUAAGAACUUAUUCCACUUGUUGGGUAAUGAUGUUGAGGAUGACCAAACUCCAAACUUACCCGUCAGGGAGGUCGUGAAGAAGGGAACCUCAUCAAAGAAAGCAGAUGUUCCUCCUCCUUCUGCUGAUCCUGCUAGAUCUAAAAAGAAAGGCAAACCAACUGGUAAUGAGGGUGCUAUUAAGACUAAGUUAGAUAACAAGGAUGUCCCAAGUCCACCAAAUACUAACUCAAAACACUACAAGAAGCCAUUUGAUCGUCACUCUAGAUCCAACAAGACUGACUCUAAAAAGAAAAUCAAACAGGGUUGGGGGAAUGCUGAUACUGAAGCUGACGCCGAGAUUGAAGGUGCAAAUGAUGCGGCUGAAGAGUUAGAAGAAGAAAAUCAAGAGAAUGCAGAAUCAGGAGCUGAAAAGAAAUCAUUACAGGAUUAUUUUGCAGAGUUACAAGUAAAGCAGCAAGUCUUAGAUGGCUCUAAGAAAACGAGACAAGCCAACGAGGGUCAAGAAAAGAAAUGGUCUACCUCUGAGCAACUUGUUAAAGAGCAGGAACCUUAUUUUGAAUCAACCGCUUCUAAAAAGGCAAAGGCAAAGGCACCAAAAGAGAAAAAGUUUUUAGAUGUUGAGGCAGUAUUUGCUGAUGAGAAGCCAUUUGAGCCAAGAAGAGGCAGUUCUACAAGAGGUGGUGCUAGAGGUGCUAAGAGAGGAAAUUUUGGCGCUAAAAGAGGUACCAAAACUUCUUCAAAGUCGAAACCAGUCAUCAAUGAUCAAAACUUCCCAUCAUUAUAA